AUGUGUUAUAACAAAUAUGAGUGUGUCAAGCACUUUCUCCUGUCAUCUGGACCCAUCAAGCAGGGUAAUAAAUUUCAAACCAAGAUUUGGGUGCUCACUGUGUCAAACAUCCAUUACGCCAAUGCGCCGGCAAACCACAUAUGCAGUUUCCAUGGAAAUUUGUGUAAUGAUAAAGGAAAUAUUAUUAGUGUGUCAUUGAUGCUACCUAAAUUGGGCAUUUUCUCACUUGGCCGAUUAAAAAUAUUGAGUGGGUAUUUGCACAACAUGCUUGUAAAUAAGAUAAUUAUUUAUGAGGCUGGAACACUUCAUGCGACCUACAUUUUUCUCUCGCCGAAAUUUUUAGCGGUGCAUCUAACACGUGAUUUAUGUGUGAAUAAAUGUCGGAAGAUUGAAGUAAAGUAUGCUAUUCUGAAAUCUUUAUCUCAUCUUCUAGUUCUGAAUACUUGCUCAGCACUUUGUCAUUUAGUCUAUUUUGAGGUUUUUUGCUUUACAGUCCAGAAAAUCAUUCAUAGUUUUGGUGGGUUCGUAUUUUUUGCAUAUUUGGACCUUUCCCCCUCAUUUAUUUAUUUGUUUCAACUCCAAAGGAAAGUUGUCGAGCAGGUUUUAUUCGUUCCAUUUCCAUUGCUUUUCUUUGCACGAUUUCAGGUUCGUGUGGACAGGAGGGCUCAAUUUUGGUCACAUGGAUACAGGUUGACUCCUGUGAGGCAAAAUGCAUCAAAUUUUUUAAAUUUUGAAUGGUUUUACUUAUUUGCGGCUCCAGUUUUCACCUUCAGCACGUACAUGCGCGUUAUUAUCUCACAUAUAUCUAAAGCAAUACUAAAUUUAAUUUACUUAUUAAUUCCAAAUUCCAUUAUGAACACUUCCACAACACCCACUUAUUUUGUAGCUGCAGCCCAAAACAUUCGCCUUAAACACAACAAAGGAAAUGUGAUGAAAUGGCAUAAUUACCAAGAUUCAAGCAUUCAUGUAAAAGAGAAUCAAUUAAUUAUGCAUUUUCACCGCGCUAUUAAUCUAUGUGGGCAUACCAACCAUGAUUUUAACUGGUCAAAACAACACAUUAUUUUGAUAUUCUGGCAAAGAAUGCAGCAGCUAAAACGUGUCGAAGCAUUUCAUUAUACAGUUACCCAACUUUUGUAUCAUUUAACAUUUCCCACUCACUCUACUCAAGAUGGUGUGGAAAUUACCAAAAUUCUACAAGUCAUGGCAAAUACUAGGGUGAUUGUGGAAAGUUGGAAAGGAGUGAGAAGAAACCCUUUACCGUAA